GCGAGGAGCUCGAUAUGGAUGUGAUGAGGCCCUUAAUAAACGAGCAGAAUUUCGAUGGGACGUCGGACGAGGAGCAGGAACAGAUGAUCCUGCCGGUGCAGAAGCACUACCAGCUUGACGGGCAGCAUGGGAUUUCAUUCAUGCAGACGCUGAUGCAUCUUCUUAAGGGAAACAUUGGAACCGGCCUUUUAGGACUCCCGUUGGCAAUAAAGAAUGCCGGCAUUGUGCUUGGACCAAUCAGCCUUGUGUUUAUAGGAAUUAUUUCCGUCCACUGUAUGCACAUAUUGGUACGUUGCAGUCACUUUCUAUGUCAGAGGUUUAAGAAGUCAACACUGGGGUACAGUGACACUGUGAGUUUUGCCAUGGAGGCCAGCCCGUGGAGUUGUCUUCAGCGGCAGGCAGCGUGGGGGCGGAGCGUGGUCGACUUUUUUCUGGUGAUCACGCAGCUGGGAUUCUGCAGCGUCUACAUUGUCUUCUUAGCUGAGAAUGUGAAACAAGUUCACGAAGGCCUCCUAGGGAGCUCAGUGCUGGUUUCUAACAGCACAGAUCCAUCUCUUGCCUGUGAGAGAAGAAGUGUGGACCUCAGGGUCUAUAUGCUCUGCUUCCUCCCGUUUAUAAUUCUCUUGGUCUUCAUUCGUGAGCUGAAGAAUCUCUUCAUUCUUUCCUUCCUUGCCAACGUUUCCAUGGCCGCCAGCCUUGUGAUAAUUUACCAGUAUGUUGUCAGGAACAUGCCAGAUCCCCACAAUCUUCCAGUUGUGGCCGGUUGGAAGAAAUACCCACUGUUUUUUGGUACUGCUGUGUUUGCUUUUGAAGGCAUAGGAGUGGUGCUUCCCCUGGAAAACCAAAUGAAGGAGUCCAAACGCUUCCCGCAGGCCCUGAACAUCGGCAUGGCGAUCGUCACAGUGCUGUACAUCAGCUUGGCCACUUUAGGCUACAUGUGUUUCCGUGAUGACAUCAAGGGCAGCAUUACAUUGAAUCUGCCGCAGGACAUGUGGUUGUAUCGGUCUGUGAAAAUUCUGUAUUCCUUUGGCAUUUUCGUGACCUAUUCAAUUCAGUUCUAUGUUCCAGCAGAGAUCAUUAUCCCCGGAGUCACUGCCAGACUUCAUGCCAAAUGGAGGCGCAUCUGUGAAUUUGGGCUACGGUCCUUCUUGGUGCCGGGGCUGUUCUCAUUCCUCGCCUCGACAUCGUGAUCUCCUUCGUUGGGGCUGUAAGCAGCAGCACGCUGGCCCUCAUCCUGCCGCCGCUCGUGGAAAUCCUUACAUUUUCUAAGGAGCAUUACAACAUAUGGAUGAUCCUGAAAAACAUCGCCAUAGCAUUCACCGGAGUCGUCGGCUUCUUGUUGGGCACGUAUGUCACUGUUGAAGAGAUUAUUUAUCCAACUACGGUAGCUGUAGCGGGCACCUCCCAGAGUCUCUCUCUGAAUGUGAACUCCACAUGCGCAGCCUCUGGGCUGUGAGCCUUUGGUUGUCGUCCCAUUCUAACAGCAAAGUAAGAACCAGUACAGUCACCACCAUACACUUAAGCACAGUGCCAAACUCUUGUUUCAGUUGGCAGAGUAUUGCAGUUGGACUGGGAACUGGCCAUCUUUUGCAGCUGUGGUAAACUAUGGCAGAUUCUUGCUUUUAUCUAAUGACAAUGAAAAAUUUAAAAUUAGCUUUGAAAAACUGAAAAAAACUAAAAUCUAAAACUUAAAACAAUAAGCAUACCCUAUUAUUUGUUUCUGUAAGAAAUACUUUGAAUAAAAAUUAUUUUUCUUGCCACUAUUGAGAAGAUAAAGGCAUUCAACGUUGUGGAAAUUAAAUAGGGACAUAGUUAAUAGGCUCUUCCUGGAGAUUCCCAUAAUAGCAAAGUAAGCCUCCUGUGUAUGUGUAUGAAAAUGCAUCAGUUGCAUUUUUAUUGCAUGGGUAAUGCUUCUGACAGCCCCUGGAAGGACAGACGGUUCCCACUGACCGUCGUGUAGACAUUAGAGAGUUCGCAGAGCCAGAAUCACCUCAGUGUUAGGCUCUACAGACAGUAGGGCUCCAUAGUCACUGGGAAUUACUGAACAAGGUUCUGAUCUGUUUGGGUUGUGGGCAAAAGGCCGCCGAGGUUUCUGGAAUUCCCCUCCCUUAGUUACUGUCUUAGCUGAGGUUUCUCUUGCUCUGACACAGCACUAUGACCAAAAGCAACCUAGGGACCCAAGAAUGGAUUUCAGUUUAUAGUUCCACAUCAUAGCCAUCGUCAGAGGAAGUCAAGGCAAGAACUCCGGGCAGGAACCUGGAGGCAGGCGCUGAUGCAGAAGUUAUGGGACGAUACUGCUCAUGGCUUGCUCAGCCUGCUUUCUUAUAGCUCCCAGGACCACCAGCCCAGAGGUGGCACCACCAGCCCAGAGGUGGCGCCACCCACAGUGGACUGGGCCCUUCCAAAUUGAUCAUCAAUCCGGAGAACUAUCCCACAGACUUGCCUACAGGUUAGUCUUACAGAGACAUUUUCUCAGCUGAGAGUCUCUCUUCCAAAUUAAUUCUAGAUGUGUCAAGACAGGGCGGUUACCAUUGUAGGACAUGGAAUCUCAGAAUGUCAGGUGACUUCAUCAGGAGCGCUUACCCUAGUCAAGAGAACCCGAUAUUUGACUCCAUGCAGAGAUUUUUUUUUAAAUCAUUUUUCAUGUCACAGUCAAGAAAGAUGAAAAAUGACAGACAGCUUAAUUUAGUGUAGAGUUUAUUCAAUUAUAUUUUCAUCUUUGAGAGUGUGUGCCUGAUAUAUUUGAAUGUAUGUGACAGAAAAAAUCCAAGAAUCCUGCCUGUGGCUUUAUAGACCUCACACAGGAAGAGAAGCUAACAUUUCCUUAAACAGCAGGGUCAGCUGGCUAGCUGUGGAGCCUGCCAGCCACAGGAGGUGGGGUCUCCAUGAACAGCAGGGUCAGCUGGCUAGCUGUGCAGUAUUCUAGUUGCCCCCUUCCCCCCUGGGUUUUUGGGAAUCAGGUACGUUACAAAAGUACAGGAUUUUGGAUCAUCCUCGUUCUGUAGCAGCUCCGUACUGUAAUCUCCCCCGUGAUCUGAAUGGGCAGAGGGACCCAAAAUGCAUUCUUAGGAGACUUGAAACAAUUAGGAACUGUCUAGAAAAUACUGAGAUGCUUCAGGCUUUGUUGUGAAAAACACCUCCUUCCUUCUAUCUCCAAACACACUAGCCAAGGCAAACAAGCUCAUUUGACGAUAAAGAUGGGAAUUCUGGUGUUUAAAGGAAUGAGUGCUGGGUCUCCUGGACUUCUCAGCUCUUGGUUCUCCUGUGCGUUAGUCUGUUGGAUGUCACCAAGUUCUGUGGAGUUUUCUAUUUUUCUAUGUAUACGUUAACUUAUUCAGGUUCAGCUUUGCUUACGUCAUUACUUUGUCUUCAACUGUGAGCCUAUAAAUAUAUCAGAAGCUUUAUUUUGGUAUGAAUUCAUAAGAACCAAAACUUUAAAAACCUUUAUGUUAGAUAUUUCUAAUAGUUGUUUAUGAUAUUUUGUGUUAAAUCGUUACUCCAAGUCUCUACUUGUGCCGAGACAGUGGGUGAGGUUAUGAGCUCUUGUCAGCUGCCUUCGCGCCGUACUCCGCUGUGCACGCUCAGUUUUAGUUUUGCAUCUCCACCUGUUACUUGUGGAACUCACCACGUGUGAUGGGCUUUUACAUAAUGGGUCACUGCAGGACUCUCAGGUCUGUACCCGCCCUGUGCACAUCUCCUCAGCCAGGAUUUCCCGCACAGUGGGCUGCUGUGCCAGCACCCAUGCGGGGGUCCCCAGGUUAUCAACACAAGAGAAGUCCUUGACAGAAAGGAGCGUAGGCUGACAGAAGGAGAAAGUGUUCAGUUCUAUUGUGAAACACUGUUUAGAUACAGACUGUAAAAGGCAUACACUCUUGUUCUUUAAGGGUGCCCAAAGAUAUAUUUAUCAUUUCAUCAUUUUUCUAUAAUAUUUAGUUUUACAUAAUUUUCUAAAGAUUUUUGGAGAAGAUAUUUUGAUUCUAGCAGCUGUUUCUUUUGUUUGGGGGCCUGCAAAAUGGGGAAGCAGCCACACAACGUUGAACUCAUGUUUGCUACUUCCCAUCACACUGGGAACUUGCCCAGAAAGCUAGUCCGUUGUGUGGGUGCCAUCUCCACUGUGGGGCGGUGAGAGGAAAGCCAUGAGCUAGCCUCAGCCAUUCGCCACCUGCCUGUGUUUCCUGAGGCUCCAGAGAGUGUUCCCCGGCAUCUGAGGGCACUCGUCAGAACACUGGUCCCACACAGCUUUUAACACAUGGCCCAGUUUCUUUAAGGUUAAGAAGCGGGAGCUGGGAGAGUUUCCAGAAAGCAAACUGGCUCUUGUUGUGCCCCACUACUUCCCGUUCUGCUCUCUCUGACUUGUCACCAAAGCCCAGAGUGUCUUGUGAGAUGGUCUCCUUAGAGUGUUUGUAAUCCAUUUAUGGCGGUGCACUUGUGAACUACCCGACAGGGUUUGAGUUUUGAUAUGUUCCUAGUCCUAGAACAUGUCAGCUUGAGUGUGUAUGGGUGCCAUGUCUCAUGACGUCUUAACAGCUCCCCAUUCCACUUCAGUCCCCACAGAUGCCAGUGUGAUUGCUGGAAACAUACAUUAGGUAUUUCUUCCAGGAUGGAAAAGAUACAGAACAAGCCAAUGGAGAUAAUAAAUACACUUAUUUAUAUCAACCGAUGUUAACCGUAGAGCAAUAAAACCAUUGGCUAAAAUAUAAUACAUCAAUAGUGUAAAAUUAUAAAAUAUUGGAAAUGGGUUUAUUUUGAUCAGCUCAGCUCAGUUCUCUUCCCUUAAUUAAGAAGAUGUGAGAAAUUUGUCUAGGAGGGUAACAGACUGCUUCCUUUCAUUAAAUGACUGCAUGUACUUGACCACACAUGAUUUACUUCCUGGAUCGGCUUGGUUUAGACCUAGCAUAUAAAAGAAAUAUGUCUAGGUCUAGAAUUGAUUGCCUAGCAAGCAAAAUGACAAAUCACCCAGCUGCUCAGAUUUCCUGUUAGAACUGGCUACUCCCUAGGUGCAUCCAUGCAUGUCACCCCAGAGGGACUCACAGCUGACUCCAUUUCAGCUACUCUGCCACAGAUUGGACCGGAAUGAUGAUCACACGGAAAACGUGUUCGUGACAUGAAAAAGUCAGGCUAUAGAUCUUUGUUUUUUAGUGUUAGCUGUAUUGAAAGUCAAGUGUCAUUGGACUUGUGUCCUUAUAAUUUAUUCUUCUUUGUAAAACAAUUUGGAAAGCGUCUGAAAGUACUGUGACUUCUGAAUUGUCAAUAAAGUAUAAUUAUUUUGCUUGCUAUUAAA